CAGAUGACUAUCUAUACUGAAACAUUCAUGUACCAAAACAGCACGUCCAACAUUCCUGAAUUUGUCCUACAAGGAUUCCCAGGAAUUCCUGCUGAGUAUUAUAGAUUGGUAGGAACCUUUUUCUUCUUCAUUUAUCUGAUGCUGGCAUCUGGAAACAUUUUCGUUCUUGUAUUUGUGGCGUGUGAAAAAAAUCUUCAGAAGCCAACAUACAUCAUCUUCUGUAAUCUUGCAAUAUCAGAUCUUGGAUUUGGAACUACAACUCUGCCCAGAAUCAUUGCUAAGUACUGGAUGUCAGAGAUCAUGUCAUUCAAUGGUUGUUUUACACAGAUGUAUUUUGUCCAUUAUUUUGGGACUUGCACCUCAUUUCUUAUGGCAUUAAUGGCCCUUGAUCGAUUUGUUGCCAUAUGUAACCCAUUGAGAUACCCAGUUCUGAUUACACACUCCACUAUUGUGAUUCUUUGUUCAGGGCUUUGGAUAGGAAACCUCCUUGUUCUUGGUGCAAUUACUGCAUAUGCCCUUAGUGUGCCUUACUGUGGCCCAAAUAUUAUACGUCAAUGCUACUGUGACCAUAUUUCAAUAACUAACCUAGCAUGUGCAGACAUAAGAGCCUUGAGAGCCACUAGUACUGCCAUUGCUAUGGCAGUAUUGUGGGGUCCUUUAUUUUAUAUAAUUUUUUCUUAUGUGGCCAUCAUUAUUUCAGUCAUGAAAAUAUCAAAUAAAGAGGGACGAUAUAAAACCUUUUUAACAUGUACUCCACAGCUGUUUAUCAUCUGCCUGUACUAUUUACCCAGAAGUUUUGUGUAUGUUGCAUCUAUUAUUGGAAUUCGUUUUGAAACAAACCUCUAUAUUGCAAUGAUAAUGAUGUACAGUCUUUUCCCUGCUCUCAUCAAUCCACUCAUAUACUGCUUUAGGACCAAAGAAAUUAAGGACACAUUAAUGAAGAAAUUAAAGCAAAGACAGGUGAAGGUGAAUAGAAAAGGUAUUUUAACAUAA